AUGCCUCAAGACCCGAACCUGUACGGGCAACCCCCGCCCAAGAAGCGCAAGAACAAUAUGGCCCUCCCGAGCUCCCUCGACUUUACAGCCCAACUUACCUCCCUCAUAUCAAACCCUUCCUCCUCCUUAGCCUCCAGCACCGCCGCAGCACGACCACGCCCUUCGAAACAGCAGAAGGAUGGCAUCUUCAACGCUCACAGACGAAAGGGUCAGGCAUCGUCCAGCAGGAAGCGCGGCUCCGAAGAUGGAAGCAAACUGGUGCUGAAAGACGCCCCCGCCCAAGACGAGGCAGAGACCCUCGCACGCGCCCGGCGGAAAAUGGAAGAGAAGGCCCGCCUCUACGCAGCGAUGAAACGAGGAGACUACAUUUCAAAAGAGAACGAGGCGGCACCCCUCGUCGACUUUGACCGCAAGUGGGCUGAGGGUGAAGCCCAACGUCGCGACACGGGCGAAGUCUCUAGCGGAAACGGAGAGCACGACGGCGACGACGAGGACAAGAAGGACGCAGCGGACAUUAUCGAAUACGAAGACGAGUUCGGGCGCCUACGCCGCGGGACACGCGCAGAAAUCGCCCGCCUCGAAAGGCAACGCCGGCGCGGCCUCCUCAGCGCGGAAGACCUGGAACGCAUGUCGGCCCGGCCGGCGGCCCCGCAGAACCUGAUCCGCGGCGACGUGGUGCAGACCCUCGCCUUCGCCCCGGAGGAUGAGGAGAAGAUGGAAGAGCUGGCGGCGCGGCGGGACCGCAGCCCCACGCCGCCCGAGGCGAAGCACUACGACGCCGACAGCGAGGUGCGCGUCCGUGGCGCCGGCUUCUACAAGUUCAGCAAGGACGAGGCCGCGCGGGCCGAGGAGAUGCGAAGCCUCGACGAGGAGAGGCGCCGCACCGAGGACAAGAGGGGCGAGUUAGACCACCGCAAGGCUGCCAGGCGGCGCGAGAUCGAAGAACGGCGUCGCAAUCUCGAGGAGAGGCGUGCCAAAAGGAUGGCUGACAGCUUCCUGGACGGGCUGGCGGCCGAUAUAGGAAGCCGCGAGAACGAGACGCGGGAGGAUAAAGGCGAUGAGGACCGACGGACAUCACCAUAG